AUGUGUGCUUCGGUACAAGGUUGGGAGCGUUUGUGCUGCUGUACGAGGUUGCGAGCGUUUGUGCUGCUGUACGAGGUUGUGAGCGUUUGUGCUGCUGUACGAGGUUGCGAGCGUUUGUGCUUCAGUACGAGGUUGCGAGCAUUUGUGUUGCUGUACGAGGUUGCAAGUGUUUGUGCUGCUGUUGCGAGUGUGUAUGCUUCGGUACGAAGUUGCGAGUCUGUGUAUGCUUUGGUACAAGGUUGCGAGUGUGUGCAUGCUGCUGUACGAGGUUGCGAGCGUUUAUGCUGCUGUACGAGGUUGCGAGCGUGUGUGCUGCUGUACAAGGUUGGGAGCGUUUGUGCUGCUGUGCGAGGUUGCGAGCGCUUGUGCUGCUGUACGAGGUUGCAAGCAUUUGUGCUGCUGUACGAGGUUGGGAGCAUUUGUGCUGCUGUACGAGGUUGCGAGCGUGUGUGCUGCUGUACAAGGUUGCGAGCGUUUGUGCUGCUGUACGAGGUUGCGAGCGUUUGUGCUGCUGUACGAGGUUGCGAGCGUUUGUGCUGCUGUACGAGGUUGCAAGCGCUUGUGCUGCUGUACGGGUUUGCGAGAGUUUGUGCUGCUGUACAAGGUAGCGAGUUGUGUGUGCUGCUGUACGAGGUUGCGAGUGUGUGUGCUGCUGUAAAAGGUUGCGAGGGUGUAUGCUUCGGUAAAAGGUUGCGAGUGCGUAUGCUUUGUUACGAGGUUGCGAGUGUGUGCAUGCUGCUGUACGAGGUUGCAAGCAUGUGUGCUUCGGUACAAGGUUGGGAGCGUUUGUGCUGCUGUACGAGGUUGCGAGCGUUUGUGCUGCUGUACGAGGUUGCGAGCGCUUGUGCUGCUGUACGAGGUUGCGAGCGUUUGUGCUGCUGUACGAGGUUGGGAGCAUUUGUGCUGCUGUACGAGGUUGCGAGCGUGUGUGCUGCUGUACAAGGUUGCGAGCGUUUGUGCUGCUGUACGAGGUUGCGAGCGUUUGUGCUGCUGUACGAGGUUGCGAGCGCUUGUGCUGCUGUACGGGUUUGCGAGCGUUUGUGCUGCUGUACAAGGUUGCGAGUGUGUGUGCUUCUGUACGAGGUUGCGAGCGUUUGUGCUGCUGUACGAGGUUGCGAGCGCUUGUGCUGCUGUACGGGUUUGCGAGAGUUUGUGCUGCUGUACGAGGUUGCGAGUGUGUGUGCUGCUGUACGAGGUUGCGAGUGUGUGUGCUGCUCUAAAAGGUUGCGAGUGUGUAUGCUUCGGUAA